UUUAGUGGUCAAUUCUGUUGGAGGUGUUUGGGGCCAUCUGAAGGUCACGUAUUUGGAAACUGUGUUGCUCCGAGUCUUGAGAGGAUAGCAGCAAAACCAGUGAGUUCGUGUUUGGAUCUCUGGGAUGCGAGUCAGAUUUCACUUGCGCUAGCUAAAUCCGAGCUAGAAGCUUUCGAACCGACUGACUUGAAGGAGGAGCAAGACAUUAAGGUGAUAAGACAAGGACUCAUGUUGAUUGUUCAGUGCAGACAAUUCCUUAAAUGGAUCUGUGUGUACGACUAUCUCCACACAGAUUGUGAUAUGGCCAAGAGAGAGUACCUGCGAUUCCUGAAAGAACACGCGGCUACACUUGUCCAGAGUUUCUCAGAGACUAUAAAGAAGGAAGCAGAAAGGGCCAAAACUCUUGGUUGCGAGAGGGUCAAGUUA